UCCGUUGCGACGGUGAAAUUGUUCCGAAGAGACGAGAAAAAUGUGAAGUGAACAUUAGAUUGAAGUUUGAUUAAAUUCUGUCGAUAGUUAAAUCUUAAACUUUACAUUCGCAUAUAUACUUAUAUGCAAAAUACAAACAAUGUUAAAUUGACAGUUAAAACCAGCUCGUCCACCAUGGCCCUUCAGACAGUAUCCUGGGUAACUGCGGUGUUUUUACUGACAGUGGCGGCAGCAGAGGAGAUGCUGAAAAUCCCAGGAGGAAAGAUGUUAAUGGGAACCAGUGCAGCUGAUGGGAGAGAUGGAGAGUCCCCCACUAAGGAGGUCGAGCUGCAGCCUUUUAGAUUAGACACACACCCCGUCACUAACGCUGAUUUCAGAGACUUUGUGAGGACUCAGAAGUACAAAACGGAAGCCGAGACGUUUGGUUGGAGUUUUGUGUUUCAAGACUUCGUGUCAGAAGAGCUGAAGAGCAAAGUCACACAGAGAAUUGAGUCUGCUCCUUGGUGGUUGCCUAUAGAACGGGUGUUUUGGAGACAGCCUGCAGGACCUGGUUCAGGCAUUCGUGAGCGUCUGGGUUUCCCAGUGGUUCAGGUGAGCUGGAACGAUGCUCGGGCCUACUGCCAGUGGAAGGGCAAGAGACUGCCUACUGAGGAGGAGUGGGAGUGGGCUGCACGUGGGGGGCUGCAAGGUCGAGCUUAUCCGUGGGGAAACAAGUUCCAGGCCAACAGAACCAACCUGUGGCAGGGGUCGUUUCCAGAUAAAGACACUGCAGAGGAUGGAUACCACGGCAUCUCUCCUGUCACAGCAUUUCCUCCCCAGAACAGUUAUGGACUCUAUGACAUGAUGGGAAACACAUGGGAAUGGACUUCCACACCUUUUCCAGGAGCCCGACCAAUGUACGUGCUGCGUGGAGCCUCCUGGAUCGACACAGUGGACGGUUCAGCCAAUCAUAAAGCACGAAUCACAACCAGAAUGGGAAACACUCCUGACUCUGCCUCUGAUAACCUGGGAUUCAGGUGUGCUGCCAGUGAUGGACAGAAACAAGGGAAGAAAAAAGAAAAAACUGAACUGUAGCAACAAACCGGAAGUCAAAAAUAUGAAGAGAACAACAAUAAUCUUCAUUUGAACCAACAUAGUUCAGGUGCUACUCAUGGAUCUGAUGACUUUCAGGUUGACACAGAACAAGAAAAAAGGAAGGAAGGGACCAAUUAAAUAUUAAUGACUAACAAUGAAUAUUAAUGAUUUUUCUCCUGUGGAGAACUUAGAAUUUUUUUUAUGAAUUUGAUAAAGAAUUAACACAAAUAUACUAAUACUGCUAACAUUCAAGAAAUAAAUCAUUUACAAAAAAACCCCA